UCGACGAGCUACUGCACAUAUCGUAGCACUUAGGCGCAUGAAGUGCGUCUACAGUAGUUAGACCAAAUAAAUAAAUACAAUAGACGCGUUAAAAUUUAGGGGAAGUUGUUCGACAGCUUUCGGCCAAUGAGGAGCGUUGGUGAUCCUGUAAGUGUAGUGAAAAGUUUGUGAAAAGUGUUUCUUCGCAUAAAAAAGGAAAUAUACUACAGUUAUUCAGUGAAUUGUGUUUCAAUUUCGAAAAGUGACAAAAUGAGUGAAAAGAAAAUUGAAGCAGAAUUGGAUAAAGGUCCGCGCUUUGGCAUACGCCAUAUUCAAACUGUACUGCUCUUCUUUUGCGCUACCGUUGCCUUCAUGAGUCGUUUGAAUAUCUCGGUAGCGAUUGUGGCGAUGACAAAUGCUGCUAGCACAAAUCCCAACUUUGAGGAGUUCGACUGGACGGAAAAACAGAAAUCCUACAUUAUAUCCUGCUUUUACUGGGGUUAUGUGAUCACACAAUUUCCGGGUGGCUAUUUGAGUCGACGUUUCGGCUCAAAGAUUGUGAUCGGCAUCAGUCUCUUCGGUUCAGCUCUAUGCACUUUACUCACACCUUUCCUGGUGCCAUGGGGCGGCUGGCAGGUUUUCUGCGCCUUACGCAUCGUACAAGGUCUCUGUCAGGCAGCUAUUUUUCCUGCUAUACACCAUCACAUUGCCAAGUGGUCGCCGCCGCACGAACGCAUUAUAUUCGGCGCACUGAUUUAUUCGGGUAUGGAUUGUGGCACGGUGUUGGCUAUGCUUGUAAGUGGCUUUAUAGCCAGCAGUCCGAUCGGUUGGCCGGGCAUUUCAUAUGUUUCGGCCGGUAUUUGUUUUGUCUGGUGCAUUCUAUGGAUAAAUUUGGGUUCGAAUGAUCCACCAUCUUCACGUUUUAUAACGAAAGCCGAGUGCGAGUAUAUUGAAACUUCAAUGAAACGUGAAGAGGAUUUCCAUAAGAAGAGAAUACCAAUACCAUGGUUUGCGAUGCUCACAUCCGUGCCAUUUUUAUCACUACUUUUAGUACUCAGUUCUCAAGCAUGGGGUAUCACCACUAUGCAAUCGCAAAUUCCCUCGUACAUGAAUGGGGUAUUAAAUAUGGAUAUUAAAAGUAAUGCGUUCUACUCGGCGCUACCAUACAUAGCGCGUUGGAUUAUGUCCUAUACAUAUCUCUUCUUCGGAAAUAUGGCGGUCGCAAAGAAUUGGCUCUCCUUGACGGCGGUACGUAAGAUCGCCAAUACGAUGGGAUUGUGGUUGCCAGCAUUUCUGCUGAUCGGCGUGGGAUUCCUCGAUGAUAGCAACAAAGCUUUGGCUAUUACUUUAAUGACGAUGAAUGUCGGCUUAAAUGGCGGUGCCACCAUCGGCUGUAUGCUCAGUACAAUAGACUUGUCACCAAAUCAUGCUGGUGUUGUCAUGGGGAUCAUAAAUCCCUUGGCAAACAGUAUGCCGCUGAUUACGCCACUGGUUGUGGGUGUCAUAGUUUCAGAUGUGCACAACCGCUCUGAAUGGCAAUUAGUAUUCAUAAUUUCUGCGGCUAUUUUCUUCAUUGGUAACUUGAUUUUCGUAAUUUUCGGUUCGGCUGAAACUCAACCAUGGGACGCUCCUGAUUUUUUGCGUAAGGAUAAUGUGGAAGAACCUGUAGCGGUGCCACCGAAGAGCACUUUUAAAGAGAUUUCUGGUGAUGAUGAUGAUAAAUAACAUAUCGAAGGUUGGACAUUGCAAAAUGUUAACUUUGCUGUCGAAAAACGAAGCUGUCGGAAAAAUUAAACUUAACGACUGAUAUUCUAUAACUGGACGGGCUUAAAUUAAGUCUGGUUUAAAAAUAGCGUUAGCUGUGAAUGUUAAAUUGUUUACAUUUUAUGUUAAGAUUCAGCUUUAAAACUUUAUACUUAAUAUAUUUUAAUAAUUGUAAGCAUUAUUAUUGGUUAAGUAAAGAUUUAUAUCAAACUAGCUUUUACCCGCGACUUCGUCCGGAACAUGAUAGAGCAAAACUCCCAGCAAAAGCCAUAAAAAAAUCACUAACUCAAUUCAGUUUUCCGCCUACUUCCUACCCCCUAAGUACGAUGAUGUGCUCAUUUUGAUCUUAUAUCCGUUUUUAGGUAACUAUCUAUUACCUUACUAAAUUUCAUCAAUAUCCUUUCAGCCGUUUAGACGUCAAAGAGCAAAAGUCCCAACAAAAAUGACUAAAAAUCACUAACUCAAUUCAGUUUUCUGCCUACUGUCUACCCCCUAAGAACGAUGGCGUGAUUAUUUAUAGCCUAUGACCAUUUCGAGGUUAUCAUCUAUCACCAUACCAAAUUCCAUCAAAAUCCGUUCAGCCGCUUAGGCGUGAAAAAGUAACAGACAGACAGAGUUACUUUCGCAUUUAUAAUAUUAAUAUGGAUUAGUUUUGUAAGAAUAAAUAAAAUUAAAUAAGGAGUA